AUGGAUACCAAGGGGUACUUCUCCUGGAGCCUCCUGCUGGUCCUGUCCCUGGCUUUUGGACUGAGCUACGUAGCGGGUAGGGGCGUGAUGGACUGCCCCAAGAGCGUCCAGCAGUUGGGAAGCAAUAUGUUGCUGCCUCUGACAAAUGAAAGGAUAAAUAAGAGCAUGAACAAAAGCAUUCGCAUUGUUGUCACCGUGGCAAAAUCACCAGAGAGCAGCGUCAAGAGGAAAAUCGUGUCUCUGGAUCUGUCUGAAGGGGGCUCUCCAGGAUACGUAGAGGAUGGUUAUCAGUUUCAUGCAGAAGACCUGAAACUGGGCCUCUUGGAAAGCAGGAAGGAGCAUGAGGGAUGGUACUUUCUGAGCCUGGAAGAAAACACUUCAGUCCAGCAAUUUUGCGUGCAGCUAAAUCUUUAUGAGCAGGUCUCCACUCCAGAAAUUAAAGUGUUGAACAGGACCCAGGAGAAUGAGAACGGGACCUGCAGCUUGAUGCUGGCCUGCACGGUGGAGAAGGGGGACCAUGUGGCUUACAACUGGAGUAAGAAGGAAGGCCUCCACCCACUGGGCUCAGCCAACAGCUCCCACCUCCUGCACCUCACCCUUGGCCCCCAGCAUGCUGACAAUGUCUACAACUGCACCGUGAGCAACCCGGUCAGCUCCCGCUCUCAGGCCUUCAACCCGUGGUCUAUCUGCAGGUCAGACUCCUCAGGUACGAGACAGUGGGGACUGUAUGCUGGGCUGUUCCUAGGGGGCAUCGUUGUUGCCAUCAUGGUGCUUGAGGUAGUCAUCCUACUGUCCAGAAGAAGAGGCAAAGCUAACCAUUACCAAUCAACGAUGGAAGAGAAGAGCCUUACUAUCUAUGCCCAAGUCCAGAAAUCAGGCCCUCUUCAGAAGACACCUGAGACCCCAGUAACCCAGGACCCCUGCACCACCAUUUAUGUGGCUGCUGCAGAGCCUGUGCCAGAGUCUGUCCAGGAACCAAAUCCCAUCACAGUCUACGCCAGUGUGACACUUCCAGAGAGCUGA